AGUCGUCGUAGAGAGUUAUGAUUUAAUUCAAGCUGUUUCAGUCGGAAUCUGUGCCAACACAGCAAAAGAUCCUCCCCGAAUUAUCCGGGAAAACUUUACUGACAUUUUCUCCCCACGCCGAGUCUUCAACCCGGAAGUCUCAAACAGAAAAUCUAUGGUUCCGGUGACACAAUGGGGAUCACCAAACUUGCUGAUUUAAUCCGUUCACAUGCUCCCGAUGCUAUUUCUCACAAGAACAUCAGUGACUACACAGGAAAAAUAAUUGCACUGGAUACCUCUAUUGUUAUGAAUCAGUUCCGUGCAGCAACGCCUAUGGUCAGCCCCUUGACAGGUCUCUUCUUUCGGACACUCACCUUCCUGGAACAUGACAUAAAGCCAGUCUUUGUAUUUGAUGGAAAGCCUCCAGAGGAAAAGUCGGCUGUUCUUGAGAAGCGAGCUGAAGCACUUUGUUGGAAGUCCCCUAACCGGACAGGCACAGCAUCAACUCAGACCAGAAAUUGUCAACAGCUCCUGAAGCAUAUGGGAGUACCUAUCAUCCAGGCUCCAGGGGACGCUGAAGCUCUGUGUGCCCGACUGGUGAGAGAAGGGACCGUGGACGCUGUGGCAUCAGAGGACAUGGAUACACUCCCGUUUGGAGCCACUACUCUUAUACGUCAGCUGAAUGCCAAGAAGGACAGUGAAAUCGUUGAAUAUUCGUUACCCAAGCUGUUGAAGACACUCAAAAUUAAACAUAAGGGGUUUGUUGAUCUCUGUAUUUUGCUGGGCUGCGACUACUGUGACAAGAUACCUGGUCUGGGUCCAAAGAGAGCUCUGACACUGAUCCAGAAGCACCGGACUAUUGAAAAUGUGGUUUUGUAUGUCAACAGAAAGAACCAUCCUAUACCAAUGUCCUGGAGGUAUGAACAAGCGAGGAAGAUAUUUUUGGAUUCACAACAAACUCAAGCUCCAGAGCUGGUCUGGUCUGAGCCAGAUGAACAAGCCUUGGUGACGUUCCUCCGUCAAGCCGCACAUGCCAAGGAGGAGAGGGUACUUAAUCGGAUGAAAAAAUUCCUCGAGACGCGGCAAAAUAAGCGGGAGGAGAGGGAAAAGGAGAAAGCAGCUGGAAGUCACAAACAGACAGUCAUGGAGGACUUCUUUAGAGUGACUAGAAAGAGAGGAAAGCCUGUGGAAGUCACAGAUACUUCAAGCAGCAACAAAAAGAGGCCCAAGACAAAAUAAGCCUGCCACGUCUUUUUUGCUGAUAACACGUCUAAUUUUAAUCCUUGUUUAUGUCAAAACAUUCAGCCUUAUCUCUGUUCCCAGUCACUUUUGUUUUUACAAAAAUUAUCAUGAAGCAUUCCCAUGACUUAAUGGUAUUGCUCUGGUUUUUAUUUGACUUUUGUGAGUUUAAGAAUUUUGAUGUGUCUUUCAGAGUUUUAGAGGCAGCUGCUUAAAGUUGUAACCAAAUUCUAAAGGAGCCAAAACAGGCGAGACAGUCAUUCUCUGCGCAGGACCGCUACCCCCUCUGACAAUACAAUAAUCAGAUCUUGUCUGAACAUCGGGGUUCACAACAAUUCAACUCACUGAGCAUUUCUUCAGCGCACCCAGCAGUUUCCUGCAACCCCACCAAGAGAGGCAGAGCAGGAGGCGGACGGCAAUGAAAGAAACCAGUGUAAUCAAGUCAUUCCACAAGCCAAAACUGGAGACAGGGGACGUCUCAUCGCUAGAUAUUCAGCGAGCACCUGUUGUGUAAAGGGUGCCAAGGGAAGACAUAAGACUUGAAUUUUAAAACAUGCACAAAAGUGGUAUAAUGUGUAAAAGAGAGAGUGAGAUUUCUCCUCCUUUGAGAAAAUUAUAAGUUUAAUGAUGGCAUUCACGUUGUAGCCUGUGUUUUGUAUAUUUUGUAUAUAUAUCAUGCAGAUUUCCUUUUUAAAUAAAUAUAAUAUUUGAGUUUG